AUGCGGUAUAGUAGCAGCAAACGAGCAAAGGAGCGGUCGAGGCUCGCGGUCGAUGCGGCGGAGAGCCUCGUGCAGCGCUACCGUCGCCAGUCCAGCCGCCGGCACUGCGGCCGAUUCCUUGUCGAGCUGCAGCUGCAGAGCGACGAGCUGCUCGAGCUGCUCGUGGCUCCUCCGCCGCCGUCUCCGACCGAGCUUUUGAACCUGAGCCAGUGCGGAGUCGGGCGGCUGGAGUGCUACCUGUUAGCCAUUGCGCUCUCGCGCGGCCUCAUGACUGGCGUCCAGGUGCUCUGGCUGCAAGAUAAUCAGGUUGACGAGUGUUGCGUGCUGUGGCUGGCUCGUGGUAUCGACUCCAUGCCACUCAACUCUCAACUGCGCUCAAUCUCCCUGGGCGCCAACCCAGCAACAACCGCGCCGUCUGCGAGGCGCGCUGUUGCCUCCCUCGAGGCCGCAGGCCGCACACGCCGCAUCAAGAUCCGCCCUGCCUCGUGA